GGAAGGCGAAGGGAUCCGCGAAAUGGCGGCGGCCGCCGGGAGGCUGAUGGCGGUGGCAGGGCGGCGGCUCCGCGGCGGCUGGGGCCGGGGCCGGGACCGGGGCCGGGGCCUUGGGUCGGCUCCGCGGCGGCUCUUCUGGGGCGCCCGCAGGAAGGAGGAAAAAGAAGUAGUAGCAGGAACAAAUGCAGUCAUUGAAGAGAAGACUGAACCCAGCGUGAUCUGUCCCCCACCACGCAGCAGGAAUUAUGUUCCUCCAGAGGAUAUACAGAGCUUACUCGAGUCUCAUGUCAGGAAGAUUUUUGGACCUUUGCUUCCCGAUCAGUGGCAGCAGACGUCCCUAAAAGAAAACAAGCUAAAGUUUUGGCUCCUGGCUCAGCUGGCAUCAGAACUUGGUUAUGCUGUCCCCAAUUCACAGCUCCACCUGAUGUGCAGUGCCCAGGAUGUCUUGACUUUCUAUAGCACUCCUGUGAAGGAGGGAUCAAAGUUUGAUGAACUGCAUGCCUCAGAGCUACCCCCAAACCUGAAGAUUUACUGGGAGUAGUGAGUGCUGCUGUGAAGCAUUGCUUUGUUUUGGCUGUGCUCUUAAGGCAGAAGUGCAGAGUGGAAUCAGAGCCCUCUCGCUGUGAUAUCAACCGAGUAUAUGAGUUCAAUAAAAGUUCAUCAAGUUAUCUUGAGA